AUGAUGGCGGACACUGCGAGAAUGCUGUCUCCGCGCCCCUCGGUGACACGCACGGCGGCAAAGACAAGCGGAGGCCCCGUUCAAGUGGCGCUUUCGCAGUCGUGUCCGCAUCCUCACCAGCAGCACCAGCAGCACCACCAGCACCACCAGCACCAGCAGCACCACCAGCACCACCAGCACCAGCAGCACCACCAGCACCACCAGCACCAGCAGCACCACCAGCACCAGCAGCACCAGCAGCAUCAGCAGCCUUGUUUGGGAGGUCUCCUAGAUCCGUUUUUCCUGACGGAGAUCGACGAAAAUGUCCAGGCCUUCAGCGGCACUGCUGCGACGAGCGGCUCGCAUACGUCUCUCUCGGGCGACGGUGGUAGUCCAAGUGCCAAGGACGCGGCUCUCUGCAGCCCAUGCGUGGAGUGCGUGCCACCGGCGCGUGGAAAGACGGUGCGUAAGUCGCGCUCCGCGUGUGAGCUGCGGCUCGAGUGCCUCCUCAGUACGUCGAUGGGCAGCGAUAUCACGAAAGACGAGGCGGACGACAGUAAGCGGAAGCGGCGACAGCCAUCGUCGUUUCCGUCGUCGUCACGGAGGGACACGGCAGGCUGCUUUUCUAGCGUCGAGGUCAUGGGACCGACAGACGAGGUGGCUGCGGCGGACGAAGCCAUCGCUACAACCGCGGCGACCGCGGCCGAUGCAGAAGCUGGGGUAAAAAGCCGUGACCCAAAGAGGCGCUCGCUGUUGCCCACAUGGGUGACAGCGCGGACAUCGACUGUGACGAGAGCAGGGGCACCGCCGACGGAUUCGGGUGAGACAAGUCGAACAGCGAACGGCUGCUUAGCCUCUCCGAGAUCCUUCAGCUUAUCGCACUCGAAGCCCAGCAGCGGCAGCCGCGAUACUUCGGAAGGUAGCCACGUGCUUGACUGCGAGGCGACUCUCCUGCCGAGCGAGAGCGUCGGCGUUGUCGCGAGCACCCACUCCUCAACCGUUAGCAGCUACGCGAGCGAAGCACAGGGAAGGGCGGCGGAAGAGGCGACGAACUGCGCCACCGCCGGCGGGGCGACCGUCGGAUCUAAGAUGACAUUGCUCGUAUCUUUGAUCAUGCGGUGCACCCCGUCCCGAAGGGGCCCGCCCCACUCCGCGUCUCCUACAGAAGACGGCGCUGCAGAUGCGGAGCGGCUGCCGCCGCUGGAGCUGUACCCGCCUCUUGUGUCUCCAUCUUCCAUAGAGGAGGCGUCGUGCGGUGUGGGAUACGACGUGCCUAGCGCGCAUCAUGACGACAUGUACGCCAUGAAGGACAUCACAGUGGCUGUAAAGGAGGAUGUCAACCAGCGACGGGGUGCGUUGGCCAAAGAGCCGACUCUGCCGGCCUCAACCGCGAGCAGGCGCACGCAGCACACAAAGUGGUCGAUGCACCCGUCGCCGGUGAGUGCGUGGCUGCUCGGCAGCUCAGCCGUGGGCGCCUCACUUUCGACAGCGUUGUGGAGGGCGGCUCUUCGGUCAAGACCGGCGAUGCACACGCCGUGUUCGUGCGUUUCCGCACGAGCAGAGCAACAUUCUGUCCAGGUGCUGUCCAGGGUGCUGGCGAACGGGUCGGCGGUGUCGACCAAAGUGCUGGCGAUGCGCUCUUGGGCGGAGUUCGAACGCGCGUCAGUGUCCUUCCCCAGCACAUGGUCCGCCUCCGUAUCUGCACACCUCUCUGCAGUCCCACCGUCGCUUACCACAGACUCGACCACGUUACGUGGGCCUUCGAUGCUGCACCUGACGCUGCCGCCACUACCCGAUCAGACCUCUGUUGGCCCUGCGUCCAUCGCGUACAUCAACCGGGCUCCAUCACGUCCGGCUGCCACAGCAGAGGAGGUGGUCGCGCGGCAGCCGUGUGAUGUGUGGCGUCUUGCGCGGUGCUACGCGCACUUCGAGCGCGCCGUUGAGCAACGUGGCGAAGACGGCGUAUGGUCAGCUCGUGGCAUCAGCUCCCUUGCGACGUGGGAUUCAGUAAAGCUGGUGGUAGCUGCUGGCGUUGCUAGUAGGGAUGCGGAGAGCAGCACGGAUGAAGGCUGCGAGGAUGGCGGCGCGUGGCUGCUUCCUUCCUUCACUCUGGAUGUUGUUCCUGACACACUUGACACCCCUUCCCCGGCUUCUCCGCAGGUUACUUCGACCUUCCCGUUCUCCCCCGUGGUGUCUGUGCUUCGCGCCGAGAAGGAAGAGGAGGUCUUCACCUCCGCUGUGAUGUGGGCAUUGGAGAUGAUGACCGGUGUGCGUUGA